AAAUCGCUUUACUAUCUGGAAGAUUACGACUCAAUUAUAUGUGAGAAUCUUUCUUCUUGUUAUUGAUCUUUACAUUUGUAUUAUAUGAAAUCAAAGUCUAGUUUGAGCGGGUUGCUUCUUCUUACUUGUGGGCUUUUUUACAAAUGGGUCAAUUUCGACCAACCUUCUUAUAAGUUCAAUCACUUUCGCAAAUUUGACCUCUCCCAAUAGUUUAUUUCUUUCUUUCUUUCUUGCAAUCCAAACCACCGCCUCCCUCGCCUGUGGAGGAUGAGUGCUCUGAACCGAACCUUGAGCUCAAUGUCGUUGAAACUCAACAACCCAAUUUUCGCCACGUCAUCUCUGUUCCCAGAUUCGAAACAACCAAGCGAGAUUCGAUUCUCCAACAGAUGGGGAAAAAUGGAUAGAUCAAAAUUGCAGCAGAAUGGAUCGUAUUCAUUGCGGGAUGGCAGGAGGAGGAGGUGAUCAUCAUCAUGUGUUAGAAACGGGAGUAUGGUGGGACCUGAACACGUGUCCGGUUCCGGAUGGUGUAGACCCUCGUUGUGUCCGUUCGUGUAUAGAAUCUGCGUUGGAGAAGCAGAUUGGUCGCCGUUCUGCAGUCAGCAUCUAUGCUUUUGGAAACCUAGAAUACAUCUCUAGUGACCUCUUGGAAAACAUCUCUUCCUCUGGAAUCAUUUUUACUCACGCCCCCUGCGGUGGGCACGACUUAGAUGAUUUUCUGGACGACUGGUCUGGUGAUGAGCUUAAAAAAUCACAUCAUCCUCCGGGUUACAUAAUGAUGAUAUCGGGUGCUUAUGAACUGCUUUAUCCUGAGCGUUUUCGGCAUUAUGGAUUCACUACUUUGUUGCAUAUCCAAAACGUGUUCGCCUAAUUGCUCGUUAGGUAAGCUCGUCUUUGAGUGCAAGUUUGAGUACUCCUCUCCUGAAGUUCUGCAUUAAUGUCCUGCCUCUCGACAUUUCUUUUUUUUUUGUCUUUGUUAGCUUUAGGAGUUUGUGUUAUGUCUAUCUCUUGGUUCCGGGUAGUACAUGUUACCUUGCUGGCUCUUGGCUUAGGAAGAGUAGGCAAUGUUUCUAUUA